AUGUUUCUCUUUGCUUAUCUCAUCAAUCUUCUGUCAAAACUUGGAAUGAUAACCCUGAUUAGGAUGGAUCUCCAGCUUCACACACCCAUGUACUUUUUCCUCAGCCACCUCUCCUUCUGUGACUUCUGCUAUUCCACAGUCACUGGCCCAAAGAUGCCGGUGGACCUAUUUGCCAAGAAUAAAUCAAUCUCUUCCUGUGGCUGUGCUCUGCAAUUCUUGGUUUUCUGUAUCUUUGCAGAUUCUGAGUGUCUCCUACUGGCAGUGAUGGCCUAUAACUGGUACAAGGCCAUCAGCAGCUCCUUGCUCUAUGCAGUCAGCUUGUCCAGUGGGGUAUGCUCCCUGCUCAUGGCUGGGGUUUACCUGGUUGGAAUGACAGAUGCCUUGAUCCACACAACAUCAGCAUUCCACUUAUGUUUCUGUGGGUCAAAUGUGAUUAGCCAUUUCUUCUGUUAUUUACCUCCACUUUUCCUCCUUUCCUGCUUUGAUAUACAGGUCAGUGAACUGAUGGUGUUUAUUGUUUUCUGUUUCAUUGAGCUGAGUACAAUUUCAGGCGUUCUUGUCUUUUAUUGUUAUAUCAUCCUUUCAGUCUUGAAGAUCCACUCUGCUGAGGGGAGGUUCAAAGCUUUCUCCACCUGCACUUUCCACCUAACUGCAGUGGUCAUUUUCCAGGGAACUCUACUCUUCAUGAAUUUCCGACCAAGUUCUUCCUAUUCUCUAGAUCAAGACAAAAUGACCUCAUUGUUUUACACCCUUGUGAUUCUCUUGUUAAACCCUCUGAUUUAUAGUUUGCAGAACAAAGAUAUAAAGGAGGUCUUAUAA